GCCGAUCAUCUAGUCCAAAUUGCACAGGAGUAUUACAGUAUGAACCCCUGAAGAUCUGGAAUUGGGAUGAAAUUACAAGUCAAAAGCUACAGGAUAUGGACCAGCAAUGAAGGACAUGGACAAGAAGGAACAGGAUAAAGCUGUGAAUACUAUUAGUGCUGGAUGGGGAUGGUAUAUGUCCGCUCUCCGGCGAUACCUCGCGGUCACAUAGAGAAGCUGCAUCAGUUUCAUAACAGCACUUUUAUUUUGACAUUAUAACAACCCGGAAGUUGGUUGUGCGACCGAUAAAUGGCAGCCGCCGGUAACUCGAACACACCGAUGUGUCCACGGGUUAAAACUAGAAACACAAACAAUUGUACCCCUCUUAGAGCUCUGCCAGCUGUCUUGCUGGUAAACAACUUUACUUAAUUGCAAUUUCCAAGACGCUGGAGAGUUUAGCCUACAGCUAAGUCAGUUAGUGCAUGCUUUUUUUGCGAUGGAUCUGUUGGAGCCUCCAACGCCGGUGAAGGAUAAUGCUUCCUCUCCUUCGGAGUCCAAAGCCAAGAACUGCGAUCUGACCCCCGCAAUGAGAGCCAAGAUCGAACGAAACAGACAGCGGGCUCUGAUGCUGAGGCAAGCCCGACUGGCCAGCAGACCAUCGGCAGGGGAAGGGGGUGGAACCUCGGCUAAAGUCGCUAAGAUAGUCGACUCUGGAGGAGGUUUCUUCAUUGAUGAAGAAGAGGAGGGACAGGAGGAGCAAAGGACAAAGGAAGUGGUGCAUCAACCAGCCCCGGUGAUGGAGGCAGACUAUCUGCUGUGUGAUGACUGUGACAAGCCCUUUAUGGAUUCCUACCUUAGCAACGGCUUCGAUCUGGCAGUCUGUGACAACUGCAGAGACAACGAGGUGAAACACAAGCUGAUAUCCCGUACAGAGACUAAGCAGCUCUACCUACUGAAGGACUGUGACCUGGACCAGAGGGAGCCAGUGCUGAGGUUUGUCCUGAGGAAGAACCCACACAACCCUCAUUGGGGAGACAUGAAACUCUACCUCAAGCUGCAGGUGGAGAAGCGCUCCUUAGAGGUGUGGGGCUCUGAGGAGGCCCUGGAGGAGGCCAAGGAGGCCAGAGAGGAGAACAGGGAGGUGCAGAAGCAGAAGCGCUUCAACAAAAAGGUUAAAGAGCUCCGCCGUGCAGUGAGGAGCAGCGUGUGGACAAAGGACACCAGCGCUCACCAGCACGAGUACGGCCCUGAGGAGAUGGUGGAUGAAGAGGAGGAUCUCUACAGGAAGGUCUGUAACACCUGUGGACACGAACUGACCUAUGAGAAGAUGUAGCCUAGUGUCCUUUAAACCGUAUCCCGGAGGCUCACAGCCUUGAGUUAUUUUUUUUGUGGACCACUGGUGAUACACCUGACAUGUCAACUGAGAUUCAAAUGACCGAUACUUCAAGACGGCACGGAGGCCUACCUGAAAUCAUCUCAGCACGUGUCAUACACAAAUAAUCCACAAGAGGGCAGAAAUACAUCAACACAUUUUUUUGUUUUACAGAGAAAUGUUGUCCUGCUCAGUCUGGUCAUGGCUGUUAUAUUAUCAACUGUCUAGCAUGUUAACUUCCAUUUUGUAAUGUAAUGUGUAGAAGGACCUGCAUGUGCAAAAUAAAUAUAUUUUUCCAUAAUGUGAUCACUUUUGCAUCUGUACUUGACUUGUUUUAGAUCUGUAAACAAUCUGUAAAACAAAUGUGCUCUUGGUUAAGAUGGACAAUUAUUGUAUUAAUCCAGAAUCAAGAAAUUGAUUUAAUUUGCAUAAAAUUAAUUGAAAAUUGUAGUCAACUGUCUUUGCUUUCUGUUGCAGAAUCGCGCUAUAAUUAAUGCGAUCGUUUUAUGAUCUGUGUUAGAUUUUGGUCGCCUGCUCAACUCCGUGCUCAUAAUUGAAUAUUUUGUGGGCAAUUAUUUCUGAAGCAACCUCCGGUCACAACCACCUACACGUAGUUCAUCUAAUGAGUGAAGGACUCCAUAGUCCAGACAUCACUAAUCUAAAAGUGAGCAACUGACAAGGUACAAGAUGACGCCACCAUUUGAACUUGAAUGGUAUUAUUUUGUCCAACCAUCUAGUUAAUGUAACACGUAUCGUCCUUCUUUCUUCUUUGCAAAUGAAAGCUGCUUCACAGUAGUUAUUGGAUGUGACUCAGCAUGUCGUACUAUAUCAAUAAAUGCAGUGCUUCGUG